AUGAACACGAGUAAGGUGUUAGAUUAUGUCAUCCACUUUUCUCGAUCAAAUACAGAGAAAGCAAAAAAUGUUGUGGACUUUAAAGCCCCACGAGACGUUUCCGACCAAGACAAUGUCAUUUUUGAAUUUUGUUAUCCAGAAGCUCUUGUAGGAACACAAAAAGAACGAUAUGAAAUAUUUGGGUUUAUUUUAACUGGGAUGGAUGGGUUAAGAAAGUAUUGUUAUUGUCGAAGACAUGUCGUAUCGAAUAAAUCCGACUGCUUAUGUUUAGUCGCUCAAAAUGGGUCCUUCGAAUUCUAUGAAAACGUUAUUAAAUUGUUCGAAAAGUAUUUGCCGAACCCUACGGCCGUCGAACAAUUUGCACAGUCCAUGCUUGAAACGCCAUUUCCAUUUCCAAAUGAAACGAUCCAUAAUAUGGACCCAGGGAAACGACUGAUUAAUUACUCAUUGACAAGACCUAUUUCAGACACCUUUGCAAAUACUAAAGCAGUUUCGACGCGUACACUUCUUGAGAAAUUUGGUGCCUCAGAAGUUAUUGAUAUUUUAAGUCAAAUGUUAUUAGAAAGGAAAUUUCUAUUUGUGUCUGAGUAUUUGAUGACACUUUCUAAUACGAUUUCGGCAUUCAUGACUUUAAUGUUCCCAUUUGUGUGGCAACAUGUACUGAUUCCUUUGUUACCAAAAAGUUUGGUGACAUAUUGUGCCGCUCCUAUGCCAUUCAUCAUUGGAUGUCUCAAGAAUUUGUACCCAAAUGUCCAGAAAGAGUGUGGAGACAUUUCAGAUGUGUAUGUGAUAGACAUUGACAAAGGAACGUAUUUGAAUAAACCCGACUUCCCUAUAGUGUUGAUAUCUGACACUUCUGUUGGGCUUAGAAAUAUCUUGGCAAGUCUUAUUAGUGUAGAAGAGAAGUCUGGGGACGACGCUUUAGUCCGCGCACAAGUCUUGAAAUUUUACCAACGGCUCUUUUUGAAUUAUCAGAAGUAUUUUAAAGAUGUUAAAAUGGAAGAGAAAGACAAAGACAAUCCACGCUUUAAAAGAAUCAAAUUCAAUUGGACUAAGUUCAUGAAGAAGCUCGACGCAGACAAUGAGACGUUUAUGGCGGAGUUCCAGCAGUCACAGAUGCUGAAUAUGUUCAUAGAAGACAGAGAAGACAUGUUAAUUAACAGUCAGUCUUUAAUAACAAAGUGUCCAUUAUUACUGAAUAGUCUAGCAACUACACCAGACGCUUCUACAGCAACUUGUCAUUGGAAAGUAUUAACUGAUUUAUGUCCAUCACCUACACAAGAACAAAAGAUCUGCUUUUUAUGUGGUCAAGACAUAUUAGCUAAUAUGCCCUGUUCUAUUUAUGACUCAAAACCAAUACACUCGAAGUGUUAUAGAUGCUUGGCCUGCUUUAAAAUGAUUGUUGGUGAUAAGGAAAGUCCAGACCAUAGAUGCUUCUACUGUAAAACUAAGAACAUCCCCUGCGUGCAAAGAACAGACAAAGACUAUCAAGCCCAGUUCAAUAGUAAAACACUCCAAAAGUCACUGUUACUGAAAAAAUGGAAGAGAGAAAUUAAACAAACGGUCGGCGUCGAAAAUUAUAUGAAAAAGUGCGACUCGGAUGUUAACUCGGAGGAAUUCGUCAUUUCGGAACCAACAAAUUUCCAAUCAGUCAAAGUCGAUAUCAACUUCGAUACAACGAAACCAGCACCAGCCGUCCCAACUACAAAAACGGCGCCUUCAGUCCCAACAACUAAACACGGGAAACUACCUGAAACUGAAAAAGAAAAGCCCAAAGAAAAGACGGAAGUCAAAAAAGUGAAAGUCGAACGAGCAGAUGAGCCAAAAAAGGAGAAAGCAAAAACAGUCACUGCAACAUCUUCACCACCUAAAGUGAAGAAAGAAAAACCCACUCUUCCUAAAAAGUCAAUUUCUCAUGUCGCAACAGAGUCUCUCAGUGUUUUUGGAGGAAGUGGCGAAGUAAAAAAGGAGAAGAAAAGUGCGUCAGAGAAAGUGGUGAAAGCAGAGGCACCAAAGCGUGGAAAUACAACUUCAAAAAUAUCACAGUGGAAUGGACAAGAGAAGAAAUCAACAACAGAAAAGAAGGUUUCAUCGCCUCAACCUAAACGUGGCGGUGUUGCUAAGCUCACUGGAAUGUAUGAAAAUAUGAACUAA